GUGAUGCUCCUACACACGGGAUUUUGGAGCUCCGUCCGAAUCGGCAGCGCGCGCGAAGCGUCGUCGAUGCUGUUGCUCCGACUUGCCAAGAGUGUCGAAGACGUCGCUGCCAGUCAGUAUUUUUGGAUCGCUCCGAUAAUUCGGUUCUGCACGGUUCUCCACGUGAGACCGGACUUUCCUGCUUAUCCUUGCUGGUGGCAAAGAAUUCAUAAACUGAUUGGUAGUGCGCGAAUUUCCUCGAUUUCCGAGGGUGGUCGUCGUCCGCGAUUCCAAAAUUUGAAUCAUCCGCCUGUAUUGUAGUGGAAUCUUCCAUUGUGAAUUGUUGUUGCGUAGUGGUUUGGAGAUUUCGCGCGUCGCGGCUUUUCGGGGACCUAAUUUCGGAUUCGCGAGUUGUGUAAACUUUUUCUUGUCUCGCGAGUUCGUCUGCGUUUGUGGGUGGAGGGAGCGAGCGAGCAAUUUGAGCGGGACGGUUGCGAUAAGAAAAGACGACUUGUGACGUUAGUUUUGAGCCGGAGAAUGUGCGAUCGUGUGUGAGUUGUUCAGCCGACGACGAGUACUGCAGUGUGUUACACGGUCUCUGGGGAUGUUCUUAUACUGGUUCAUUAUCACCCAGCUCGUAUGUGCUACUGGGUAGUGUUGUGUGGCCACGGCGGCGAAGUGUAUUUAGCUAUAACUGCAUAGUUACUCCCGCGCGCGCGGAAGAAGAGACAUCGAACCGUGAAGAAUCCGUCUGGCUGAAGGGGGAAGACGACGGAAAGGAGUAUCUAUAUGUGUGCAGUCAUGUGUUUGUGGCUAAAUGUUUACUGAUCGAGAUUUUUUUCUUACCACGCUGCUACACUUGAAAGAGCAACAGCAAACCAACGCAACGAGGAGAUCUUGCAGAUCUCGUAACCAGUCGUUGAAUUAAUAGCCGAAUUUCCACCACCUGCUCAAGACUAUAAAGUAAUCUAACAUCUAUUUGAUGAAACAUUUUCACCAGAACAAUAUCUUGCCCAGCGCUAAGCUCAUCAAAGAACUCGUGCGCGUCUCCCGGCCUGGAAUGUGGAUGCAAAAUGAAUGGACAUCAUUCACAAGUCGUACAGCAGUAGUGUAGUGAAGGCAUAUAGGGGAAGUUGAAACGAAGUGCGAUUAAAAUAACCCGGCGGUAGUGUACCGUGUACUGGAAAGUGAGUGUGCCGACACAAACCAUCAGAUAGAUACCCCCGUAGAACCGAAAGCAGCUCGACUGAAACGUAAUCUUUACGCUCCAGCUUGAUGACGGCGGUGCGGUGGUUGGUUGCCGGUCAGUUCAGAAGCUUCCCAGCUUGAUGGUCCCGGAGCGCAACCAGAGCCGACGGCGGCGAGGGAAGUGAUGGUGUAAAAACAUGCAAAAAUAAAUCCAGAACAAGUGCAAUCUAAAUGUCGAGUCUAUAUUGUCUACUGGUGCAGCAGGUCCGAUGCCAGUGCAAGUGUGAAGGUACGAUACCGUCGGUAUUGUGGUUUACUGUGCGAAUCCCGGAAUAGUGAAUAGUUUCGAAGAUUUGGUGUUGCUUGAAGCGGAAGCGAAAUAAAGAACCUAAGUGGCGUAAAGCUAUCUAGUGCAGAGAAGUUCGCCCAAUCGUCAUAAAGUGCUGGAAGUUGUGACCAGAAGAGCGUUCACUGCUUUUCAGUAGAACAAGUGUUUGCCAAUCUUUCCAAUUUGGGAGAAAACCCCCGUAUUGCACCGCGGGCUUCAAACCGUCCUCCAAAUGCGCCGGAUGAGAUAAUCAAAGAAGUGUGCCGAACCGGUGAAGUGAAGACACGAUGGGCACAGCAGGUGGCUGAGGUGCAGACACGAAAGGAGUGAAUGAAAAAUUCCAGUUUCCACGUAUAGACGAAGCGCAGAAAAGUGUGAGAAUGAAAAAGUUUAUGGCUUCCUAAUUUGCACCAUCCAUCUACACGGUACCGACCGGCGCGCAGCUAUCGAGCGCGAUCGGGAAGCCUACCGCGAAGGAGAACCCAGAAGAACAUGGUCGACUAUUUCAUCAUCAGAUACCACAUCUCGUCGUCGCCGCCACCGUCGCCACCGAUCCGACUCGAGGAGAAAAAGUUUUACCCUCGUCUUUUAUAAUCUCAUCAGCGUAAUCGAGAAGUUGAGAAGAGUGCACAUUGUUCGGAUACUCAUCUCUGCUACGGCGGAAAGGGACUUACCUUCCUAUGGUGUUUUGUAACGGGUGUGUAAGUGUUGUGUGGGGUUGUGAGGGGAUCCUGAAUCCAGGUGGAAAGCAUAGUCUUUCGAUCGAAUGAAUCAGAAUGAAAUUUGUUUCCCCAUUGCAUGCAGAAAAGAAAGAAGAAACCUCUGUGCGACGAUGUUAUGGUGAGGUUUAAAUGCGCGAGUGCGUAGGUGGGUUAUUGAAAGUUAGUGUUCUGGAGGGUACACAAGUCUCAAUCGAAUGAAAAGCGAAGAAAGUCAAAGCAAACGAAGAUGUUUUGAUUCCACGUAGUGAAAUGUAUUGAUCUUUGUUCAACAGAAGGAAAAGUUGAAAGAGUUGCGUUUGUGUUGUGUUCCAUUAUUUGGUGGGAUUGGUUUGUGUUAUAAGCGAAAAGUGCUUCAGAAGAAUAGAAAAGCUUUUGGAAAUGCAUGAAGAAAAAUAAUGGUGAUGAAGAUGGUGUAUGUUUUUGAAUAUGUUGCUCAAUUGAGAAACAUGUAAACAAAUUUAGAGAAGUUUCCGUUACGCUCAAUAUCCGUCAACCCAAAGUUAAAGAAAAAGUCGAGCAAAAAUGCACGCUAAAAUGUGAAGCUAACAAGUGUCGUCGCGCAAAGGGAAAGUGAUUAAAUUACUUCGCGUCGCGCGCGUGUGAAAUCCGACGUCGGGCGCGGCUGCCGCCGCCACUCGAAUGUGGCUCAAUGGACUGUGCUGCGGAGGGCUCUGCGGUGUCGGAGAAGUCCUGAAGGGCGGCCAGCAGCACCCAUUCGACGACCGGCAGGACCAGGAAGAGUUGAAUCCCUGCUCGGAUUGCGGCACCCACGGAACGCGCGCGACCCCAAAGGCACGGCCUCAUGUCGUUAUGGGGUGCACCCCGAGUAUCCUAUCCAGUAAUAAUCAACAGCAGCAGCAGCAACAACAACAUCCGCGCAAGGACAGUUCCAGUUUGUACGGGGGGAACCUGUCGAAUGCCGGGUCCGGGACCUUGGUGGCGGACAACAAUGGUGCCAGCGGUAAUAAGUUUACGAACAACGCCGCACUGAAUCAGGCUCAAAUGCUUGGCUACGGUCAGGGCGGGAAGGACGUCAUCGCAGCAGGAGGAGGAGGAGCCGGACCGGGAGAGAAGGAAUAUCCUAAAAAAGACUCAAUAGUGUCAAUUUCCGGCCUAGGUCAUGUAUCCGUCGUGUCGAAUGUGUUGCGGAGACCAACAAUAGGAAGUGGAACAUCGAGCAGUUCGGGAAGAUACGGCCACCGACAAUCGUCACUAGCUUUAACACCGGAGGAAGAACCACUAGACUCAUAUCCCAGAUUAAUAUCGGAUUUAAAAUUUCCCAACCUGUUGCCGCCCAACCCACCGAUAAAGAUUUUAAUAGCAUUCUGCAAAAAUGAUCCCGUGUUCGAAGCGCUGGCCACCGCCUGCCAUCGGCUCAACUUUGAACCCACCUUUGUCAAGUCGGCCGAAACAGCCAUCGAAGCGUUCCAGAAUGUGGCCACCGGAGGGCAUCAUAUCAUCGUGGUGGACGCCCGGUAUCCCCGCAUCAUCGAGGCGGACGUUCUCGGGAGGUCAAUCCGCAACUCGAAAGGUAGUCAACAUACAACAAUGGUAGCAGUAGUUAAGAAAAAUUUAUUCGAGAAGGACGAUACGGCUGUGAUUUCCCUGCUGGAUGUUGGCUUUAACCGGUGCAUUAUCGAGUCGCCGCAUGUGUCCAUCUGCUCGUCGGAACUACGACAGAUACAGCACUCGCUGGUCCGGCCACAGAAUGUGAUAUCAACUCAACAGGCUCUGUACACGGCAUUGUAUCGUUCACGCGAAGCUGUCAUCAUAACCGAUGAUUCUCUGCGGGCACAGUACGCCAACCGAGCGAGUGAAAAGGUUUUAAAUAUGAAACUGGACGAAAUCGUAGGCAGAUCUCUCAACGACCUGGUGACGGCCGAUAUUAGCAACAUUUUAUCUCACACCACUAGACAUAAGGACUACGAAGGUUUCAUCAGCACCCGGCGAAAAUCACAGGAAACCCUACACAUACACGUGCGAGCCGUACCCGUGUCCUGCAUCGGAAGCCCCACGCAUCUAGUUUUAAUUUUGGAGCAAACGAGCGGUACCACCUUAUCGGCCCUGGCCAGUGACGCCCUGCAAGCUCUACCGCAUGGCAAAGAGGUGGCUCGCGGGUCGUUGCACUCCAUCCGGCGGGGUAGCUUCGAUGUGCGUUCCAUCGCAUCGGACGGACUGCGGCGUACCAGUUUGGCCAAACUGUCCCAGCUUCCGUUGGAGGCCCCCAUCACCAAGGUCCUUAGCUUGCUGGCACAGGUUCAGGAGAAUUGUUCCUCCGAUGAAGCCAAACUGCUGGACAGGGUGAUGGAGUUCCUCAAACGGGAGGGACUCUACAGCCCCCAGAUGAAGGAAAUUCGAACCGAGGACCCGGUGGCAACGGAUCUGAUAGGCGCUUUGCUCACGCAAGGACCCACCAAUAUUCUGUCGUCGCGAAGGAGUUCGAACGAUUCCAUCAUCCGGGGUGGUGGUCGACCCUCCACCGGUAGCAUCGUGUUCAACAAAACCCGAGAAUCUUCACAACUAUCCGAGCUGCUCAACAGUGCCCUCAGCUGGGACUUUGAAAUCUUCAAGCUGGAAGAACUUACGGAGAAGCGUCCCCUGGUGUGCUUAGGUUUGGAGCUGUUCCGGAGGUUUGAUGUGUACAACACCUUUUGCUGUGAUGAGGUGACAUUCAAGCUGUGGCUUAUCGAGAUAGAGAAGAAGUACCACUCGGACAAUACAUAUCACAACAGCACCCACGCGGCGGAUGUAAUGCAGGCCACGGCUUGCUACCUGCAGCAGCUAUCGAAUCGUGAAACGAAAGUGAUGGACCGGAUGGACGAAGCCACCGCCCUGAUUGCCGCAGCUACCCAUGACAUUGACCAUCCUGGCCGCUCGUCGGCCUUCCUGUGCAACUCGGACGAUAGGCUCGCGCUACUGUACAACGAUAUCUGUGUGCUGGAAUCGCACCACGCUGCCACCACCUUCCGGUUGACGAUGGCUGACGACAAAAUCAAUAUCUUCAAACACUUGGACCGGGAAUCGUACAAGUUGGCUCGAUCGAUCAUCGUCGACAUGAUCCUGGCAACGGAGAUGACCCGCCACUUUGAACAUUUGGCCAAGUUUGUCAGCGUAUUCGGCACCGAUGUCGACAGUAAGGAAACAACGCACGAUAAUGAUGACAACCAGAUUCUGAUCCGAAGGAUGCUCAUUAAGUGUGCCGACGUGAGCAAUCCCACGAGGUCGCUGAAGUUCUGCGUUGAAUGGGCCCGCCGAAUAGCGGAGGAAUACUUCACCCAGACGGACGAGGAAAAGCACCGCAAUCUACCGAUUGUGAUGCCAAUGUUCGAUCGGACGACGUGUAGCAUAUCCAAGAGUCAAAUUGGUUUCAUCGAAUACAUUAUUCACGACAUGAUGGAUGCGUGGAACAGUUUCAUCGAAAUGCCGGAAAUCGUCCGUUACAUGGAGCACAACUACUCAAAGUGGAAACUGUUUGAGGAGCAAGGCAUCAACACGCUGAGCGACAUCAAGCGGAAGCAGCUCACACUCAACAGCGAGGCGACCGGUUCGUCUUCGAUAGAAGAGCUGUAGUUAGAAGUAGUAGACCACCCAAAAACACACCCACAUCUCCUGAUUGUUUGGCGAAUCUUCCCCCAGUCCACAGUGUGAAAGCCAAGGAGAUGAUAAUACCAAGUACGCGUACCCGUAGAAUGCAAAUAUAAUAUAUUUGGUAGGAACUUUUGGACGGAAUCGAAUGCAACGCGUCCGUUGUACGGCACGGUUGCUCGGUCGUCGUUUUAGUCUCAUUUUGUAUUAAUCAAUAAAUAAUUGUUGAUCAGUGGAAGCUGUUUUAUGGUAGGAAAAUUAAAACAUGUCUUAUGAAUGGUAAACCAAUA